AAAUAAAAUUCAUAAUAGGACAUCAACGGAGUUGUCACAUUUAGGAAUAGAUAUUACCGAUGUUUUAAUAAAUGUGCUUAUCAGUUUUAUGUAGGUUAUAUGUGAUGAUGCAAAUAGCAAUUUCAUGGGGAUGGUAAACUGUCUGGACAGCAACCUGGUAACAUUACAAAUCAGGUUAAUAUGAAUAAAAACAUAGAUAAUGCCGUGAAAGAUCAGUAGUUCUGUACUCAGAAGUUAGGCCGAUAAUAAUAAUAAUAAUAAUAAUAAUGUGUUUGUAGAAUGUUCCCGAAGCUCUUCUUCGCCAUGUGGUGGACUGCAUGCCAAAAUGUCAAACAAUCAGACAAUGUCUAUUGAUUUAAUGAAAUUGUGGACCCGAGUUUUAGUUCAGAUUUGAUGUAGCCUUGUCAUGUGGUUUAGAUUAGCUUUUUUUUUUAUGUCGACAAAGACACACACCAAACUUCCAAGUUGUAAUGGAGUUGUAACCGGCUACUACAGUCUCUUUUAAAAUUGCUAUGUUAGGUCAGAACAAAUAGGUCAUCAGAUUGAGCCUUUUUGCAAACCUACAGUACAGUUAUGAGUAUGUAGGAUAUACUGUAGAUAUUCAGUACACAACCUUGCUCCCGCUUUACCUACAUGUACAAAUUACCUCGACUAAUUUGUACCCCUGCACAUUGACUCGGUACCGGUACCCCCUGUAUAUAGCCUCGUUAUUUUAUUACUUUUUAUUUAAUUUUUUACUUUAGUUUAUUUAGCACAUAUUUUCUUAACUGUAUUUUUUUUAAACUGCAUUGUUGGUUAAGGGCUUGUAAGUAAGCAUUUCACGGUAAGGUCCACACCUGUUAUAUUCCCGAGCAUGUGAUAAGUAAGAUAUUUGAUUUGAUGCAUGUAGGUCAUUGAGGGAGUUGUAUUACGCUGGCCCGGGUUGAACUGGGCAAUGGCCAGUCACGUUAUUGGGCAAAAGCGUGGAGGGAGGAGCGCUCGUCUCAAAUCAAACAGUAAUCUGCGCUGCUAGGUCAUGUUGUCAACAAGGCAGCAUGACGUAUCAUCCAGAAACAUGCAUAUCUUUUCCAUAAAAUACAUUUUAAGAAUUUUUUUAUCUAGUUGUCAUUGCGUUUUUAUCAAAAUCAAUCACAUCUGAAUGUGAAAACACAUAAUCCUACUGAUCACUCUCCACAUACUUAAUUAUGUCACUUUUGUUUUCAUCCGACUUCGCCAUCAACGAGAGAGAGCAGGCACUUGGCUCACGUCGGGAGGCAGCCUGGCAUCACUUUUCUCCUAGUUCAAACUUCUUCCACCGGGGUAACCCGGGCCAGAUAAACAAACUCCCUCAGUGUAACUGACUGUCACCUGUUUGUCCUCAUUCCUGGUGACACAGCCAGAGAGGAAAUCAGAGCCAUAUAAACAUAUUCAUACUGAACAGCAAGGACAUGUGAGUCUGGCCCGGUGACUGUGUAAAAGAGGGCAGAGACCAGUGAGUCCCCAUGUCUGCUAGAGGAGGUUCCUCUGGCCGUUUCAAUGCAGAACCUCACUACGACCAGGUCCCAGUGGGCUCCUUAUGGAGGGACCAGGACUUCCCUCCUCCUCCCCGCUCCCUUGGGGGUUUCAGGGGGGCAGACCUGGCUGUGAGCUCUGACCCCCUGCCCCCCCCUCCCCUCCCAGACCAGCCCCCCGUGGGCCCUGACUUCUACCCUCCUAGCGACGGUGCCUCGGAGCGCCUUGACGACGACAGCGCGGCCAUGGACAUCAAACCCGUCCACCGCUUCAUUCCUGACUCCUUCAAGAACUUCUUCCGCGGCAACAGUGUCCGUGGUAGCAGCAACAAGCCCUUCUCCUUACCCCCCUCCCCGCCGCUGACGGAAAAAGACGACCUCAAACCAGGAACCACUAGAGGUGUCCCCUGCUCCCCUCCCCCCUCUCCCUCCCUCCCCGGCUCCUACCUGGACCCGUACGGAGGCUCUGGCGGCAGCUACAACUCCCGAAAAGAACGUGACGCCAUGUUGCUAGGGACCGAUGCCUUCGAGUCUGUCUCGGGCGUCACAUUCCGCUCAGCCAAGACCUACAGCGAGCGGGUGGAGGAUUACCACCAGCGCUACGCCUAUAUGAAGUCCUGGGCGGGGUUACUGCGCAUCCUGGGCUGCGUCGAGCUACUUUUGGGCGCUGUCGUCUUCGCCUGCGCGUGUGCUUAUGUACACAAGGACAACGAGUGGUUCAAUAUGUUCGGCUACUCCCAGCCACAGUUGUUCGGGGGGUUAGGGGGCGGCGCAGCAGCUUACGGAGGCAGCGGAUCGUUCAGCUACGACGGACCCAAAACCCCCUUCAUCUUGGUAGUGGCUGGCCUGGCCUGGAUAGUAACAGUCAUUAUGCUAGUCCUGGGGAUGACCAUGUACUACCGUACCAUCCUCCUAGAUUCGUCUUGGUGGCCCUUGACUGAGUGUGUGAUUAACCUGGCCCUUGGGUUUCUCUACAUGGUAGCAGCGGUAAUGUACGUCAGGGACACAACCAGAGGAGGCCUCUGUUACAUCCCUGUCUUCAACAACGGAGUCAACGGGGCCUUCUGUCGCACAGAGGCCGGCCAGACCGCCGCCAUUAUUUUUCUGUUCGUCAACAUGAUGAUAUAUUUUGUGGGCGCUGGUGUGUGUCUGAAGCUGUGGCGGCACGAGGCGGCGAGGCUGAGGAGGGAGGGGUUAGCGCAGGAGAUGAAAACCAUUGGAUCUUCCCUGCCAAUAUCUGCUCUGGGCGGUUCCAGGACCUCAGAGCAGACCCCUCUCCCCACCCUCCAGACUAUCCCAGAGGUAUUGGACGGCCAUGUUGCCUCUCCAGCCGUCCCUCUGAUGAUGGAGCCAGAGAUCCUCAGAGGACACAUCCCUGCAGGACACAUCCCAAAACCUGUAAUCAUCGCAGACUACGUGGCGAAGUACCCGAUCAUCCGUACAGAGGAGGGGAGGGACCAGUACAAGGCUGUGUUUAAGGACCAGUAUGCUGAGUACAAAGAGCUGCAUGCAGAGGUCCAGGCCAUGGCCAAGAGGUUUGACGAGAUGGACGAACUGAUGAGGAACCUGCCUCCACGGCCCUCCAGUCAACUGGAGAAGGAACGCAUCAAUACCAUAGUAUUGGAGUACCAGAGAAAGAAAACGGAUCCUACGUUCCUUGAGAAGAGGGAGAGGUGUGAGUACCUGAAGAACAAACUGUCCCACAUCAAACAGAAGAUCAACGAAUACAACAAGGUCAUGGACUGGAACGACGGAUUCAGCUAGACGAACACACACACACUCUGAACUGUGCAGCUUAACUGAGCCAGGUCAAGCCCGAAUGCUGAAGUUUACCCUCCAUUACAUUAUGUUGGAUGCCACUCCUUGCCAGUUAUAUGCAUUAUGUGGACAUGCCAUGGGUCAAAUCAUAUAAAGAUUUUAGUGCCACAAAAAUGUAUAUUGAGGCUGGUUUUAUAAUCUACACGUUUUCUUAUCUGAUGCAUUUUGUUUUUAUUGAUGUCCGUGAUAUUUUUGUUUACUGCCAUAAUUGUAAGUUGGUUGCCACUGCCCAACCCUGAAGUACAGAUCAGUCUCUACACAGUACCCCAGCAUCAAUUUGAUCAUGUGGGCAAAUGUCGUUCUUUGUUGUGUAUAAUUAUCUUUUGUACCAUUUUGUAAACUCUAGAUACUGUAACAGUAUGAAACUAAACAAAUCUGUUAUGAUUUCCUCAACAAGACUUUUCUGUAAUAAUUGUUUAAAUUAAGUGACAAAGCACCUCCUAUGUAUUAUAUGUCGUUGUUGACUUGUGUUUUUCAAAAAAAUAUUUUUGCAGCUUCUGGGUGUACUGAUGUCAAUCGAUGUGAUUUAUUUGGAACACAUGGCACCUCCGGUAUCUUUUGUACGUUUAUGUGUAAAAACGUUAUCCAGUAUCAUAUAUUUCUGUUACGACUUGCUUACUGAUGUACUUGUAAUUUCUUGAUAAUUGAAGGAAAGUCUGCAAAGUUUGAUUUCAGCACAGUUUGAUAAAGAUCCUAAAAACUA